UCCUGCCGCUCUCCAGAUCGGACUCGGGCUCUGAUUGGCCCGGCCCGACUGUCAGUCAGACUAUCAAGCCGGCUGGUUUAGAUGGGUGGGUUAGGCUGAGGGAUUUGCUCUUGAGCCUCGGCAGGAGCGGCGUAAAGUGGGUUCUCAGAGUGAGAGAGGGAGAGGGUGGGUCGGCCGGCGGCUGGCUGGCUGGGGAGAUAGCAAGGCAGACAGAGAACAGCUGUCCGGGACGUUGAAUGAAAGGGAGAAGACAUGCACUCAUCGGAUGGGAAUUUGCAGCCCUGCAAGGCGGCACGAAGAGCCGAGUCGCUCGUUUGCUUUCCUAAACAAAGCAGAAGGGCAAGCCCGACCUCUCACCCAGCAUGAAGAGGUGCAAAUCGGAUGAGCUGCAGCAAUCAGACGAAGACUCUGCUGGGGCUGAAGAUGCCCCUGUCCUAUCCACCAUGGAUGCCAAGGCUGGGGAUUCAGCUGCCGCCCUGUCAGAUUUGGCUGCCUCCAAUCCAAACCCUCCGCCCCAUCCUGUUACCCGGAGUAAGCCUCCUGAUUUAAAGAAGAUACAACAGCUGUCUGAGGGAUCUAUGUUUGGCCAUGGCCUUAAGCAUCUUUUCCAUAGCCGCAGACGGUCCCGGGAACGGGAGCACCACAACUCCCAGGAGUCAUCGCAGCAGCAGCAACAGCAGCAGCAGCAGCAGCACCAUGGCAUGUCUGACCACGACUCCCCAGACGAAAAAGAACGCUCCCCUGAGAUGCACCGUGUCUCCUAUGCCAUGUCUCUCCACGAUCUUCCGGCUCGGCCCACUGCCUUCAACAGGGUGUUGCAGCAGAUCCGCUCCCGUCCUUCCAUCAAGAGGGGGACCAGCUUGCACAGCGGCAGUCGGCGAGCCAAGAGUGGCUCCCUGGAACCCCAGAAAAUCAGCCCGCACCUUGUCCGCAAGGCCCCCCAAGAUAGCAGCCUGACAGCAAUACUGCACCAACACCAAGGCCGGCCGAGAUCUUCAUCCACCACUGACACUGCUCUCCUUAUGGCUGAGGGUGGGACCGUAUACCUCCUGGCAGAAGAGUCAGACUGCCUCGCUGACAAGUUGGAUAAAGGGGAUGUGAGCCAAAUCAGCCUGCCUUCCAAUACAAGCCACGGUGAUGCUGAUGGCAACUUCUGCCUUGACGUUCCAGAUGGCAACCCAGACCCGCAGAGGACAAAGGCUGCCAUUGACCACCUGCACCAGAAGAUCCUCAAGAUCACCGAGCAGAUCAGGGUUGAGCAAGAGGCACGAGAUGACAAUGUGGCUGAGUACCUGAAGCUAGCUAACAACGCCGACAAGCAGCAGGCCUCUCGUAUCAAACAGGUCUUCGAGAAGAAGAACCAGAAGUCUGCCCAGACCAUUGCGCAGUUGCACAAGAAGCUUGAACAUUAUCACAAAAAGCUAAAGGAGAUUGAACAAAAUGGGCCCUCUCGACAGCCCAAAGACGUCUUCCGGGACAUGCACCAGGGCCUCAAGGACGUAGGGGCCAAUGUCCGCUCCAGCAUCAGUGGCUUUGGAGGCGGAGUGGUGGAGGGUGUCAAAGGUGGACUGUCAGGCCUUUCUCAAGCCACCCACACAGCUGUGGUCUCCAAACCCCGAGAGUUUGCAAGCUUGAUCCGCAACAAAUUUGGCAGUGCGGACAACAUUGCCCACUUGAAGGACACGCUAGAAGAUGGGCACCCUGAGGAGGCCUCACGGACUCUGAGUGGCAGCGCCACUCUGGUUUCUAGUCCCAAAUAUGGCAGUGACGAUGAGUGCUCCAGUGCCUCUUCUGGCUCAGCAGCAGGUAGCAACUCGGGGGCGGGUGCUGGUGGCUUGGGCAGCCCCAAGUCUAACACCUUAGACAGUCACCACUAUAAUUUUGAGACCAUCAUAGAAGAACUGAGGGAGAUUAAGGACAUUCAGUCCCACCUUGAGGACUCCAUGGAAGACCUCAAGGCCCAGCUGCAGCGAGACUAUACGUAUAUGACUCAGUGCUUACAGGAAGAACGUUAUAGAUAUGAACGCUUGGAAGAGCAGCUGAAUGACCUGACGGAGCUCCACCAGAAUGAGAUGACCAAUCUCAAACAGGAGCUGGCCAGCAUGGAGGAGAAGGUGGCUUACCAGUCCUAUGAGAGGGCCAGAGACAUUCAGGAGGCUGUGGAAUCCUGCCUGACUCGUGUCACCAAGCUGGAACUUCAGCAGCAGCAGCAACAGGUAGUGCAGCUGGAAGGGGUGGAGAAUGCCAAUGCCCGGGCCCUGCUAGGCAAAUUCAUCAACGUCAUAUUGGCCUUGAUGGCUGUGCUGCUGGUCUUUGUCUCCACCAUUGCCAGUUUCAUCACGCCCUUGAUGAAGACCCGCAUGCGUCUCCUGAGCACCACUCUGCUAGUGGUUUUUCUCUUCCUCCUCUGGAAGCACUGGGACUCCAUCACUUAUCUUCUGGAACACGUGCUGCUCCCUAGCUGAUUCUCCUGGCAGCCAGGUAUCGGGGCUGCAGGGUGUUUCGGGUUUUUUUCAUGUAGAGAGAGAGAGAGAGAACGAGGAGACCUUCCAACUCAGUUCCUUUGUCUAUACAGAGUAUGUAAUCCUCACUCGCUCUUCCCCUGCACAGCCAACUUUAUUCACGUCCAACACCAUCUCUCAGCCGUAGGGAGUGCAGCUGCAUCUGAGCUUGUGAGAGGCUGAACAAGUCACUCCUCCAGGAUGCCUUUGCAAGGGAUGAUGGGAAAGCAAAUGAAGUCUGGAAGAAUCUUUAGCUGCAAUACCUUAGCCUUUUCUUUCAAAGCAAACAAAGGAAGUGAGGGCGAUUGCAAAGCUUUGUGUGUAGAGCUGCAGAACGCCAGUCUUCAGAAAGCGGUGGGGUUUUUUUUGCGGGGUGUUUUUCUGCCUGAGAAGGAUGAUAAAAGGCUUAUUUCUACAUAUGAAGACAACGGUUCAACACUGAAGAUGAACUUUUUUCUUUCUCUUAAAACUGAUGCCCCUUAGAAACAUGCACAGAAUUCAUGGAGCAGAAUGAUGUACAUAUCACACCAGUUUAUCCAAGUCACAUGGCUACUUUACUUUCCAUUCCCGCAGAACAGCUGAUGUGCCAGGAGCACACCUGGGCAACUUUCUUAUGAUGGACUUGAUGUGAUUAUGGAUUUGGCUGGGUUGUUUCACCUGUUCGGUUUUGCCCAGUGGAGACAAGAUCAAAGGGGGGCGGGGGAAGAAUCUACCAAUCUGAUGCAAGUUCAGCAUUUUUGGUUGGCUUUGUUUUAUUUAUUUAUUUUUGCUUUUGUUUGAUAUCUUCAGGGACUACAUGAGAAAUUCUGACAGUGCACCUGCGAAUCUUACAAUCUUUGCAAAUGUGUGUGUGUGUGUGUGUGUGUGUGUGUGUGUGUUAAUUUAUUGAUUUACAGAUGGGCUCAUUUUUUCUAAAUCGAGUAUUGUGUGAAAAUUCAGCUGCCUUCACAUCUCCUGUGUACCUAGAGAAAAUAGAACAUGGUUUUAAAAUGGUUGAAUAGUCCAUGCAAAAUUAGUGAGUCUCUAUUUGAAUUUGGCAAUGCUUCAUCAAAUUUCACCAGUAGAAAUUUUGCUCAUUACUUGCUCCAAGAGACAAUCCUCCAUCUUCAUAUUGAAGCGAUUCUAUUAAUAGUACAGUACUGUAUUGUAGUUUCUUUAAAGCAGACAGAGAAGCAGCCAUUGUAUGCAGUAUCAGGCCCUUAGUGGAGGUUUCCUCACCAAAGAAGAAAAAGCAACUAACUGAUCACUUCUGCAAUGUUUAUUUCAACUGAUCUAUCCACACCUGCUAUUGCCUGAAGCAUUUUAUUUUACAGCAAAACUGUAUGGCACGUUUUAAAGCACAUUUUAAAAGGUUUAAGACGAAAUGAUCUGGGUGAGGAGUUUAAUUAAUAUAAUAUUCGCAAAAAUAUAAUUGCUGUUUCUGGCAAAAGAGAAGCUUAUUGUAAGUUGAAUUCAGGGAAGCUGUAAGUCAUGGGUAGAGACGCUCUCCCUCCCCAAGGUAAACUGUCAGCACCUGCAUGCCAACUCUAGUUGGGCCUGCACUUACCCCCCACGUUUGCACCCACUUGCCCUCUGUCAAUCCCCCAUUUACCCCACACUUCCUCUCUUUCAUCCACACUCCCCCUACAUAUGUAGACUGUCCAUUCUCUCUUGCUCCCUUUUCUCUCCUCUCUUACCCUGCCCUCCUUCCAC